UAACAACAACACCACAACACAACAAAACAACAACACAGAUAAAAUAAUCUAACUACGCGGAAUUGUAAGAUCAUUUAUGCUCGGGUUUGCUCACAAAGUAGUAAAACUGCAAAUCAAGAACCCUAGCCACAUUCGCCCCCAAUUCAGCUCUCUACAACUCCCCUAUUGUUUUUUGUUCACUAAUUGUUCAAUUCAAUUUUCAAUUUUUUAAUUUCAGUAAGAGCUAAAGCUAAUAACAAAAUCUCACCACCAUCAUCGAUCUGAAUUUUAAUCAUAUGGCCGGCGCUGGAAUGCACCACUACCAUCAGCCGUGGCCGCCGGCUGCCGCACCUCCUCCGGUAUCCGCCGCAGCGCCACCGCAGCCGCCUCCUCAUGCCAUCCCGUCUCCCAUCCCGAUGGACAGCCCCGCCGCCCGCGCUCACCCGGACGAGGUGCGGACGAUAUUCAUUUCUGGUUUGCCGGAGGAUGUGAAAGAGAGGGAGCUGCAGAAUCUGCUGAGGUGGCUGCCGGGAUACGAGGCAUCGCAGGUGAACUUCAAAGGCGAGCAUCCAAUAGGAUUUGCCCUUUUCGCCACUGCACAGCUUGCUGUGGCUGCUAAAGAUGCACUUCAGGACAUGGUGUUUGAUGCGGACUCGAAGUCUGUGUUGCACAGUGAGAUGGCCAAGAAGAAUCUGUUUGUCAAAAGGGGGAUUGUUGCUGAUACAAAUGCUUAUGACCAGAGUAAGAGACUGCGAACAGGAGGUGAUUAUACACACACUGGUUAUUCAACAUCUCCUUUCCAUCCUCCCCCACCACAUUUUUGGGGACCACACGGGUAUAUGGCCCCUGCUCCUCCCCCUUAUGAUCCAUAUGGUGGUUAUGCGGUUCCUCCUGUUCCAAUGCCUGCUCCAGCUCCAGUGCCAGCACCGAGCAGUUAUGUACCUGUUCAGAAUACCAAAGAUAACCCUCCAUGCAAUACCCUUUUCAUUGGCAAUCUUGGUGAGAAUAUUAAUGAAGAAGAGCUGCGUGGCCUUUUCAGUGCCCAACCUGGUUUUAAGCAGAUGAAAGCAUUAAGACAAGAUCGACACACUGUUUGCUUCAUUGAAUUCGAAGAUGUGAACAGUGCCACUAAUGUGCAUCGCAGUUUACAGGGUGCCGUUAUACCCAGUUCCGGUUCUGUUGGCAUGCGCAUUCAAUAUCCUUUAUUCCUUCUAUUACUUUUUUUUUCCUCUGUGGUGUUCAUAAUUUAAUAUGGGGCCCAUCUUACAUUUUCUGAAGCAAGCAUUAUUAUGUACGUGUCAUCAUUACAAAUUACAUCCUCAUUAAAAAAAGUAAAAGAAAGAAACGAAGAUCCAGUUAUCUUUUAAAAUUAAAAUUACCCUGUUGAUAUACGUUUGACCAUCACAAAUUGUGAAUCCUCAUGAAGGAUAUCCUUAAAUAUGAAGAAUAAAUGGGAUUUGUUAAAUUAGGAUACUUGAUAAUAUGCCAUAUGCUUCAUACUUCAAUGUUCUUCUCUUGACUUUGAGAUACAUAUUCAAAGAAUCCAUUUGGCAAGAGAAAAGACUCGAACUAUCCAGCUGCUGCUCCCGGUGUGAAUGGCGGGCUCCCUCUCCCGAUGACCUACCAGUAGUUGAAAAAGAGGGAUGUAUGGAAAAAACUCACGCACUUGCAUGAAUUUGAUGCAUCCGUUGCAUGCCAAAAUCAUCAAGGCAUCUCAAACAUUAUUAGCAUGUGUGCUCAUGUUAUUAUAUACAUGUGAAUGCAAUUCGUGGAAAAACAUUUUGUCGGUUCAUACAUUUUGUCGUUUCAUUUUAUGCUUGUUAUUUUUAGAUAUAUUAAGACAUGCAUCAAAAGCUGUGCCAUUUUUUAGUCUAUUCAAUUGUGGUUCAUGGACAUGUCAGCUCUUUGAUUGCAUGGUUUUGUGCAGUUUUCCGUGAUUAGUUGUGGUCCGAGUGUGACAAAUGCAUUUCUUCUGAUUGCAUCAGGAGGGUAAUUCAUUGACAUACUUCUUCUAAUCCCAUUGAAGCAAAGCUGCAUUUAGAAGUAAUUAUGAUUUCAUCCGAGGGUUUGAAUUUAUUGCUUAUUUUACAAAUUAUGCCCUCGAGUAUGAGUGCAUAUAAAUCUUCCAGGGGUAUUUACAGUAGCUUCAAAGAGAUUUGGUGAUUUUGAAAGUUUAUUGUUUCUUCAGGCUGAAUUUGAAGGUUGGGUUAUAUUAUAAACCUUUGCAUUUCAUUUGAAUAGGGUAAUUACUCCAUGGUUCAUUUUAUUGUCAAAGUGAAAUAUGUUCCUCCGAUUUAAGGAUGUUUUAUGGUCUUGAAUUCUGAGAAAAGAAAAGAAAAUUAUGAAUGUUACAGCACGGCAUUGAUUAUUUAAUUAGUCAUCCUCAUAUGUGCACUUAGAAGUCUUCAACUUGGUGUACAUAAACCAUUCCAGAUAGUAGAGUUCGAUUCACAUCAUUCCUCAUCAGGCAUAACAUCAGCCAUAGCAUCCAUUGAAUCUCCAGUUUCGCCUAUGGAGUUAUUUAGCUGUAUAAUUAAACAUCAGGCAUAACAUGCAUUGAAGGAUUUUGGAGAAUCUAAUGCUGCCAUGCAGGUUUUUGUAAUAAGAGGAUGAUCAAGUUCAGGAUUUCAGACACGCAAUGCCUAUUAAGUAGAAUUAGCAGCUUUUGUGGGUUUUAAACAAAAGAAAAAAAAUAUUGAAAUUGUUUAACAUUUCACUUUGUUAUAACUUAUUUUUGAAAUGAUUUCAAUUCAAAAGACUCUAGAUUUUCUUCUGGCGUGCCUUUUGCCAUUGUAUUUCAGACAAGCCUAAGAGUGCUAAUGUUCUCCCUUUUUACUCUGCCUUUU